AUGUACGCAAACUACACGGGCGCCUUCCACCUCCCCAACGUGCGCAACAUCCUCGGCAGCUUGCAGUGGUGGAGUUUGCUGGCGGAUCCGUAUUCUCCCGACAAGCCGUCGCCGUCGACGAUCGAUCUUCUGGAUCUCGAACUCCUGAGGAAUAGCGUUUACAUCGACACGCUGCCAGCGCUGAGGAAUUUAUCGGCGCCGCGGUUGAGGGGUGUUGGGUGA